AAUCAUUCGUCUCGAUGAGACAAAUCGGAAAAGAUUAAAAAUGUGGACCGAUAUUGAAAAAAUUCAAAUAAAAUGGCAUUUUAGAUAAAUAAGACAGUUGUUUGUACUUUUUUAGUUUUUAGUAAAUUGUUUUUAUGCUUUCGGUCAUAAUUUUGUACUUUCUAGACUCCUCUCGUGAAGACGAACGAUUAAUCCCAAAAAGUAAGACGGAAUUCUAAAAAAAAAAAUUAUGAAAAUUCAAAAUAUCGAAAGAAGUCUUUGAUUAUAAGUUUACAAGAAAGAACGCAGCCUAAGUAGUUGUCUCUUUCUCUUUCACUGGUAUUUUCAAGGAAGAAGAGGAUGAAAACAUUUUUUUACUGCACUUGCAUGAGUCUACUUGAACUUCCUUAGCGACCCUGAAAUUGAUUAUGUUGAUCAAUUCAUUUCACUUCUCGUGGAUAAUAAGUGGAUAGAUAUAGAUAAAUUAAUAAGUUCAUUGUCUCACAUCAUAAAAAGUAAAAACAGUAAUAAAAAAAACAUUACUAUAGAUAUCUUAAUUUGGAGAAAGUCUACAAUACACCCCAUUUAAAAGGGUAUACCAUAUGCAACUAUUUUUUGUUCAUUCAUAACAUUUUAGCGUAUUUCAUAAUUUUUAUUCUAGAAUUCAUAACUUUUCAGCAGUACGAUUUGUAACAUUUUCAUUAUGAUUCAUAACAUUUUGGUGUAUCUCGUAAUCUUUAUACGAUUCGUAACUUUUUAACAAUACGAUUCGUAACAUUUUCUCUAUAACUGAUAACAUUUUGGGGGUGCAUAUGAUAAACACCCAAAUAAGGGCCAUGUAUUAUAGUCUUUCCCCUUAAUUUGUAGAUACUUUUGUUCAACUUAUGCAAUUCCAAAAAGGGGGCGAACGAAUUACUAACUUCUACUCCUAUAUAUAAUUCUAGAAAACUGUUAAAAAAAAGGAUCGUGUGAACUCAUCCGCCCGAAAGUCCUUCCUUGUGUUACUUGUGUAGGUGUACAUUUAGACUAUACUUCUCAACUAACAUGGAAGACUCCAUUAUUGACUUUCUCUCUCCUAUGAGAAAAUUUUCAAGGAGAAGGGCCCUCCAUGAUGCUUAUGUGGAGUUCAACUACCAAAACUCCAUUUGGUGAAGAUCUAUUAGCAUUCACGCAUUAGCAGUCUUUGGUUUCUCUGUACAACACAACUUCCUUUCCACAGAGCUAAAAGAUGGCUGAAGUAUUCCUUGGUGCUUUCGUUAACGUGCUAGUUGAUAGGUUAGCAUCCCGUGAUCUGUGGAACUUUGCACGUAAGGAGCGGAUUGAUACUCAGCUGACGAAAUGGAGCAGCAUGUUGGAACAAGUUCAAGCGGUGGUUGCGGAUGCUGAGGAGAAACAAAUCACCGAUCUGGAGACUAAUUUGUGGCUCUCCGACCUUGAAGACUUGAGUUAUGAUAUGGAUGACGUACUGGAUGAGUUCGCUACUGAAGCUUUGCGACGGAAGGUGAUGGAAGAGCCUCGAGCUAGCACCAGCAAGGUACGUAAACUCAUACCUAAUUGCUGCACAAGUUUCAAUCCAAGCACUCUUGUGUCUGAUUUUAGAAGGAGGCCCAAGAUGGAUGAGAUCACUGCGAGGUUGCAAGACCUUUUUGAUCGAAGGAUUAGGCUUGGCUUGAAAAACACUGCUGCAGGGGGGUCUAGUAAUGCUUCACAAAGACAACCUACUUCAUCUUUGAUAAUUGAACCUCGUUUAUAUGGUAGGGAUUAUGAUAAAAAGACUAUAAUAGAGUUGCUCUUAAGCGAUCAAUCUGGUAGUAAAAAAGUUGAUGUAGUCCCGAUCGUGGGUGCGGGUGGGGUUGGCAAGACCACCCUUACUCAGAUAGUUUACAACGAUGAGAUGGUGCACAAGCAUUUUGAGAUGAAAGCAUGGGUCUGUGUAUCAAAUGUGUUUGACAUUGUAGGAGUGGCUAAAGGGAUUCUCGAGAGUAUUACUGCCGAGACCUGUGAUCUUGAUGCCUUGGAUCAAGUUCAAGAUGAGCUACGAAUGGCUUUGGCAAGGAAAAGGUUCUUGAUCGUUCUUGAUGAUGUGUGGAACAAAAGCCACACUGACUGGAGCAGUUUAAAGAGUCCUUUCAAUGAUGGAGCCCUAGGAAGUAAAGUCAUUGUAACAACACGCAAUAUGGAAUUUAUAAUGGCUGGAACCAAUAAAUAUCAUUUUCUAACAGAACUAUCCGAGGAUGAUUGUUGGUCAGUGUUUGCACAACAUGCAUUCGAGGAUAGAAGUAUGGAUGCAAAUCCAAAUUUGGUUUCAAUUGGUCGAAAAAUUGUCAAAAUAUGUACAGGCUUGCCUUUGGUUGCUAGGACACUCGGUAGCCUUCUACGGUGUGAAUUGACAGAGGAUGAAUGGGAAGGUGUAUUGAACAAUAAAAUAUGGGAGUUAUCAGAAGAGGGUAGUAAUAUUAUUACUGCGGCUUUGAGAUUAAGUUACUAUCACCUCCCUUCGCAUUUGAAGAAGUGUUUUACAUAUUGUUCCAUAUUGCCGGCAGGUUAUGAAUUUGAGGAGAAGGAACUAGUUUUCUUGUGGAUGGCAGAGGGCUUAAUUCCGGAGCAAACAGGGCAAAAGCAAAUGGAAGAUCUUGGUUGUGAGUACUUCCGUGAAUUGUUAUCGAGGUCAUUUUUUCAACCAUCAAGUAAUGGUGAACUAUUUGUAAUGCAUGACCUCAUUAGUGUUUUUGCUCAGUUUCUUGCAAGAAAAAUUUGUUUUAGGCCGGAGGAUAAACCAAUGGGGAGUGAAAGUAUCAAUAAGGCUCGACAUUCAUCCUUUAGACGUGGGUAUCGUGAUGGCAUAAAGAAGUUUGAGGCUUUUCGGAAAGCCAAAAAUCUGCGGACAUUUUUAACAUGUGGAUCUAGACAUCAAGGAUUUUCCAACUUGACUAGCAAUGUACCCCUCCGUCUAUUGCCGGGUCUCAGAUGUUUACGUGUGCUUAGUUUGCGAAGCUAUGGAAUACGUGAACUUUCGAAUUCAAUUGGGGUUUUGAAACAUGUGAGGUACCUUGACCUUUCAUGUGCCUUGAUUUUAACGUUACCAGAAUCAAUAAGCACUCUCUACAACCUACAAACGCUAAUUUUGAGAGACUGUAAAAAUCUCAAAAAGUUGCCUGCAAACACUAGUGACUUGAUUUGUUUGCGUCAUCUCGAUGUUACGGGUGCAGAUUCCUUAAAAGAAAUGCCACCAAAUAUUGGAAAAUUGACAAGUUUCCAAACAUUAUCAAACUUUAUUGUUGGCAAGGGCAACGGCUCAACGAUAGAUGAGUUGGGCAACUUGAUUCAUCUUAGAGGGACACUUUGCAUCUCAGGGUUGGAGAAUGUGACGGAUGCUCCAGGUGCGAGAAGGGCCAACUUGAAGGAUAAACAAGGCUUAGAUGUGUUAUUGAUGAAAUGGAGGUACAUCUCCAAUAAUUCUCGCAAUGGAAGUGUUGAAUCAAAAGUGCUUGACAUGCUAGAACCUCAUGAGAGGUUAAAAGAGCUUUCCAUUAAUGGUUAUGGUGGCCUCACAUUCCCUACUUGGGUCAAAAAUUCGUUGUUCUCCAAUAUGGUAUGCUUAAAGUUCCAAAAUUGUGAAAAAUGCACUUCGUUGCCAUCUUUGGGGCAGCUACCCUCACUUGCAAAGCUCUACAUUCAAGGUAUGAAGGCAAUAGAUAAUGUUGGACUUGAAUUCUAUGGGCUGGGUUGCUCAAAUCCUUUUCCAGCUCUAGAAAUUUUAACCUUUGAAGACAUGCCCGAAUGGAAAGACUGGACUCCUUUUGGAGAGGGAGGUGAAGCAUUUGCUCUCCUUUCAAAGCUGUCUAUUAAAAGAUGUCCCAAGCUUUUGCAUGUGUCGCCAAGAAAUUUUCCACGGUUAAGAAAGCUGGAUAUUGAGGAGUGUCCGGUAUUGGUGGUUGCAUGGGGUCCAAACCCUACACAGCUGAAUGACGUCGAUGAAGUGAGGAACACGGUUCCCUUUGAUUCAUUCGUCUCAUUAAAUCUAAAAAAUGUUUCGAUUCCGGACUCCUAUAUUCCAAAAUUCGGUGAUCAAGUAGUGCUAAAAAACACAAGGCAUAGCUUCUUGAGCUCGCUGACUUCCCUGAAAGUGGAAAAUAUUCGGGAUCGCACAUGCCUACCAAGUUGGUUCUUUCAAGGGCUUACUGGACUCCAAGAAUUAUAUCUCUUUGGUUUUGAAGAACUCACAACAUUGUGGAAGAAUGAGGUGAGAAUACAAGGCUGUCUCCCUGCCCUCCGACGUCUCACUAUUGGAUGUUGCCCCAAACUUAGUUCCUUGUUUGCAGAAGGAGAAGAAGGAGAUGAGUUAAUAUCUCUUCAAGAGCUUUCCAUCGACAGGUGUCCACAUCUUAAAUCUUUCCCAAAGACAGAUUUGCCGUCUACGCUAAGAGAGCUGCGGAUUAGAUUCUGUGAUGGUCUGGAGUCCCUACCUGAUUUGACGUUGCUGAAUAAUCUUGAGGUGCUAGAGCUUUAUCAUUGUUCAUCCCUCACAUACUUAAGCUCUCCAUGCAAAAUGGUGCAGAGUGGCCAAUCAUGUCAACAAGGGCGGCUCGGAUUGGAUUUGAGCGCAUGCAAACCGUCUAUUACUCGGUGCAGAUCUGAGCUGUCGAUUGCCGAGAUUAAAAGCUGGACACCAUUCCCCAUAAGUGGGCUACCGCGGACUCUCCGAGUACUGAAUGUUGAUAAUUGUGCAAAGCUAGAGUCGCUACUAGCAGAGAAGGGGAUGAAGAUCAAUUGCCCAGAUCUUGAAUUUAUUUCUAUCUCGUCUUGUAGGCGCCUCGAAACCCUACCAGAUGUUAUGCAGAAUAACGGUCUCAGGAAUCUCAGUCAACUGGUGAUAAGAUCCUGUGAUAAUCUGGAGUCUCUUCCGGAAGGAUGGUUCCCCACAACCAAUCUCACAGAAUUUGAUAUCAUCCGCUGCCAGAAACUCAAGCCCCUUCCAAACCACGCGUACAACAACAAGAACCUCGCUUCUCUCGAAAAGCUGGGACUAUAUAGUUCUCCUGCAGCUACUGGACUCGUCUCCCACAUUCUGGACGAAAGAAAUUCCUCCUACUUCACCAACCUCACUUCACUUACCAUCGCCAAUGUGGAUAUUCCCAUUGGUGACGGUAAACUGUGUGGUUUGCAGAGUCUCAGAAAACUCAACCUUUAUGAUUGUGAUUGGGUGUCGUUUCCAAAAGAUGUGUUGCCUUCCUCUCUGGUCGUUCUGGACAUCUGGAUAUUUCCAAAACUGAAGAAGCUAUCUUUCAAGGACUUUGAAAACCUCGUCUCUCUUGAACAACUUUGCAUUAAAAAUUGCCCCAAGCUCAAGUCCAUUUCAGAGCUAGGACCGCUUCCCUCACUUUCGGACUUGUUGAUCUCUGACUGCCCCAAGCUCGCAUCAUUUCCGGAGCAAGGGCUGCCUCCCUCGCUUUUGUAUUUGCAGAUCAAUGGGUGUCCGAAACUGAAACAACGAUGUGAAAAGGGGAGAGGUCAAUAUUGGCGCUUCAUUGCAGAUGUUCCUCAAGUCAUGAUAGACGAGGAUUGACCCAAGCAGUUAAUGACCCAGUACUGCAUUCAUGAGGAGUGAAGAUUCAAGAAUGUGUUAUGCUUCUUCAUAAGAAGAUUUUCUUGAGUAACCCUUUGCAACAAGAGGAAGAAAGAUGGUAUCAAAUGCUCCAAACUUGUGGUGGUGUCAUUUGUUUCUGCUCAAGUGUAUUAUAUUUAUUAACCUGGAAAUUCCUCAAUGUUUGUGUCUUUUAUCCUGUGAUUUCAAGCAUGCCCUAGUGUGGUGUUGUUUUCAUGGUCGCUUUUCCCAUUCCAAUCUUCCUCUUCCUUGGCUCUGUGGAUGGAUUCAGCACAAAGAGUCGGCCUUGUACUUAUGAGAGCACCAGAAUGUAUUCAUACAAUGGCUCUGUUGAGGUAUUCAUACAAAAGCUGCUGAUGUUGGUGCUGAUCUUGUGUGCAAGGUUGAGCAAAACAUCCCCGAGGAUGACUCCAGUAUCGAGUGGUGAUAGCUGACAACCUUGGUGAUAUUGCUGGUGUGGGAUACGAUCAAAUCGCCUCUUGCAGAAUCAACUUGUGCUGCUCUUGUUUUUGGCUCCAUCUCCUCAUUUGGGAUCAAUCAUAACUGCAAUGCUUUACCUCUGCUCAUCAGUUCUGUAGGUAUCCUUGUUUGUUUGCCCACCAAGUGAGUGUAUAUUUGUGUGAUUGUGUGGGCUCACCCUAAGCAUUUGUUUGUGAGUGUUUUUCUUCUUGAGAAAUUUUAUCCUAGUGAUAUGCUAUUUGUACCCAAAAACCUCUAAAGACACACGCCCUUGCACAGUGUGUGCUUGCAUAAUGGGUAUGUCUAGCAGCAUUGUUGAAAUGCAAAAGUUGCUUUAAUUUGUUUA